AAGGUUUCAUUCGUAGUUCGUUGUCAUCUUUAAUCUAUUGUAAAAACCAGUCGAUUUCGGAAAUAAGUUUAUUUUACUGAAAAAUAUUUUUCAGAAGUUUUUAAGACAUUUCUCUAUUCCGAGACAAUAAUAAUGACUUCUACUGAGCCCAAUGAUAGAAACGAGGAACGUAGACGAAGGGUACUUUUGGGGCCUCUGCCCUCUGGGUUCCUGAGAGCUGAUGGAACAACUGACACACUGGAUGCUGAUUAUCAGGCUGCGCUUGCUCUGCAACAACAGCUCUGUGGUGCUACGAUGCCACCAGCAGGACCACCGCUAACAGCAAGGCUCAGCGUUACAAUUGCACAGGCUAAGCUUGUAAAAAAUUAUGGUCUCACUCGCAUGGAUCCAUAUGUGCGGCUGCGUGUCGGCCACUGUAUCUAUGAAACUCAAACAGACCCCAGCGGCGGCAAAACGCCUCGAUGGAAUAAAGUUAUACAUUGCUUACUACCGCCCGGAGUCAACUCAAUUUACUUGGAGAUCUUCGACGAGUGCUCCUUUACGAUGGAUGAGCUCAUCGCUUGGACUCACAUUACCAUCCCACAAGCUGUCUUGAAUGGCGAGACUCACGAAGAUUGGUACCCCCUGAACGGUAAACAGGGCGACGGUAUGGAGGGCAUGAUCAAUCUCGUUCUAAGCUAUUCUGUGGGCCCGGCCGCCAUGGCCACGUUCCCGCCCGUGCUGGUGGUGCCGAGCACGGGCAUGGGCUACGCCGCCAUGCCCGUGUACCCGGCGCCCAUGCAGCAGCACAUGGCGCCGCACCCGCAGCAGCAGCACGUGCCGCAGUCGCCGCCGCAGCAGCCCGUCACCGAGGAGCAGUUGCAGCAGAUCGAAGAAAUGUUCCCCAGCAUCGACAAGGAAGUUAUAAAAUCGGUGCUCGAAGCGAACCGCGGCAACAAGGACGCCACAAUCAACUCUCUACUUCAAAUGUCUGAAUAGAAAUUAUAUUCUAAUACAUUAUAUUGCCAGAUAAGAAUAAUUCCAUUCAUCGAAAAUUAUGGCGGAAAUGACUGAAGCUAAUAUGUCCGAGAGUGACAUAAAAUACUUGGUAUAUUAUUUCGCUAAUAUUCUUAGACUUUCGUUUAUAUGUAUAAAUGUUGAAUAUAAAUAUAUAAUGUGACGGCACUGUGUCUAUAUAAAAUAUUUUUACUAAAAAU